CGGCGAGGAGAAGCUCGGCGGCGUCCGGGAGCAGAAGGGCGGUGUGGCCGGGGGGACGGGGCGGAGGGGCGCGAGCGCUCCGCGCCUCUCCCCCGCCUCCUCCUCCUGCCGCUGCCCGUUUCGUGCAAGCAGCAGCCGGAGCUGCCAAGCGCCAGGGCUGCGGAGAUGUCGUCGUCGUCGCCGCCGGCGGGGACUGCCAGCGCCGCCAUCUCGGCCUCGGAGAAAGUGGACGGCUUCACCCGGAAAUCGGUGCGCAAGGCGCAGAGGCAGAAGCGCUCCCAGGGCUCGUCGCAGUUCCGCAGCCAGGGCAGCCAGGCGGAGCUGCACCCUUUGCCCCAGCUCAAAGAUGCCACUUCAAAUGAACAACAAGAGCUUUUCUGUCAGAAACUGCAGCAGUGUUGUGUACUGUUUGAUUUCAUGGACUCUGUUUCAGACUUGAAGAGCAAAGAAAUUAAAAGAGCAACACUGAAUGAACUGGUUGAGUAUGUUUCAACUAAUCGUGGUGUAAUUGUUGAAUCAGCGUAUUCUGAUAUAGUAAAAAUGAUCAGUGCUAACAUCUUCCGUACUCUUCCUCCAAGUGAUAACCCAGAUUUUGAUCCAGAAGAGGACGAACCCACGCUGGAGGCCUCUUGGCCUCACAUACAAUUGGUGUAUGAAUUCUUCUUAAGAUUUUUGGAGAGCCCUGAUUUCCAGCCUAGCAUUGCAAAGCGAUACAUUGAUCAGAAAUUUGUACAACAGCUCCUGGAGCUUUUUGAUAGUGAAGAUCCCAGAGAACGUGACUUUCUGAAGACUGUUCUGCAUCGAAUUUAUGGGAAAUUCCUUGGAUUAAGAGCAUUCAUCAGAAAACAAAUUAACAACAUUUUCCUCAGGUUUAUAUAUGAAACAGAACAUUUCAAUGGUGUUGCUGAGCUCCUUGAAAUAUUAGGAAGUAUUAUCAAUGGUUUUGCAUUGCCACUGAAAGCAGAACAUAAACAAUUUCUAAUGAAGGUUCUUAUUCCUAUGCAUACUGCAAAAGGAUUAGCUUUGUUUCAUGCUCAGCUAGCCUACUGUGUUGUACAGUUCCUGGAGAAAGAUACAACACUAACUGAACCAGUGAUCAGAGGAUUGCUGAAAUUUUGGCCAAAAACAUGCAGUCAGAAAGAGGUGAUGUUUUUAGGCGAAAUUGAAGAAAUCUUAGAUGUCAUUGAACCAACUCAGUUCAAAAAAAUUGAAGAGCCCCUUUUUAAGCAGAUAUCCAAGUGUGUAUCCAGUUCUCAUUUUCAGGUUGCAGAAAGGGCAUUGUACUUCUGGAAUAAUGAAUAUAUUCUUAGUUUGAUUGAGGAGAAUAUUGAUAAAAUUCUGCCAAUUAUGUUUGGUAGUUUAUACAAAAUCUCCAAAGAACACUGGAAUCCGACCAUUAUAGCACUGGUCUACAAUGUACUGAAAACCCUAAUGGAAAUGAAUGGCAAGCUUUUUGAUGACCUUACUAGUUCAUAUAAAGCUGAAAGACAAAGAGAGAAAAAGAAGGAAUUGGAACGUGAAGAAUUAUGGAAAAAAUUAGAGGAGCUAAAGCUAAAGAAAGCUCUAGAAAAGCAGAACAGUGCUUACAACAUGCAUAGUAUUCUCAGCAAUACAAGUGACGAAUAAAGAAAAGCCUGCCACCUCUGUUGGAGAGGCAGUUUUGUACACUUUUUUGAAAUAUGUAAAAAUUGUGAAACAAACCUCAUCAGUAUAAUAUAAUUAAAAGGCCAAUUUUUUUCUGGCAACUAUAAAUGAAAAAAUAUAUGGACUAAACAUAGCCCUGUGCUAUAUUGUGGCCACAGUAUAUUGUAACCUUUGUCUAAUCAUUGAUUUAUUGUGUCACUUCUGAAGUUUCACAGAAAUGAAUGAAUUUUAUCAUCUAUAAUAUGAGUGAUAUAAUUAUGGGAGUGGUAAGAAUUAUGACUUGAAUUCUUUUUUUGAUUGUGUUGCACAUAGAUAUAGUAGUCUGCUCUGUAUAUUUUUCCCUUUUAUAAUGUGCUUUUCACAUUGCUGCAGACCUUAGUUACAUCCUAGGAAAAAGAGUAUUUCCUGAAAUAAAACUAAGGUAUAAUCCUUCCCUUCCCGAUGGAGGGAAUGCCCUGCCCUAAGCCUUCCUUCAUUAGAGGUAUUACUACUCUGGAAUUUGAGCAAAAACUUAAAUCUCCAGGCUUUUUAAAGCACAAAAUAGAAAUAAAAGCUGGGAAAGUAAACCAAAUUGUCCAGAUUGUUCCUCCUGACUGUCCCCCUUCCCCUGCAAGUCCGCAGCGUGGAGGCAGCCCGGCGACCACUCAGCCCGCCUCAGCCAUUCCUCCGCCUCCUCCUCCCUCCAGGACCUUCGACCCUGGGAGACCCUGGGAGCGCUGUGGGGACCCAGAGCGCUCACCGUCACUGCCUGGCUUUAUUUGAAGGAAAUGCAGUAGGCUUCCUCUGUAGAGCUCUGAGAACGUUGACUAUAGAGAAGUCUUGUAUGUUGUUACUUGGUCAAGUAUUUCUCACAUCUUUUGUUAUCAGAGUACCAUUCCAAUCUCUUACCUUGCAGUUGUGUGGAGAACUGUUUUAUAAUAAAAGAUCUUCACUGGGGGAUGGAGCAGCAUUUAAUAAAGUCUAUGUUUGUAUUUUGCCUUA